UAUAAGUGGGAACAUAACGGGUGAGGUGCCUGUUUUUGCUUUUAGUGACGGUCUAACGAACAGACUUUUUAUUUUAUUUCGUCGCUCACAAAUGAACAACAGUCCUUCUCGCAUCCUCAUGAGGUGAUGCUGCAUGUUGUGCACCGCCCUCUGCCAAGGACUCUUCUCUCUCUGAGAUGGACAUGUCUGCGCCGCCUCUACUCCACCAACCCUCAAUCCCUCCAGGGCGAGGACUCCUCAGAUGCCCGCCUCAACCCCCUUAACAUUCAGAUGCUGUCGAAGAACCUCCACAGACAGAUCUUUCGAGGGCUGGAACCGAACUACAGGGAGGAAGAUGUGAAGCGCAGCAUCAGGCACCUGCAGAAACACCAGCUGUGGGGGAAGGAGACUUCACUGUUGUCCGACGUGGAGCUGAAGCUUCCCCAGAUGUACGGCAAAAAUAUUGAUGAGCACUUCCGCGUCUUGGCCGAGAAGCAGAGUCUGCCCUAUCUUGAGGCUGCUACCGAGCUACAUCUGGCUGAACUCCCUCCCAUGCCACAAGAAUGGAGCUUUGAGGUUGGCUGGACACGCUAUGGGCCCGAUGGGCAGAGUCAGAAGGUUGAUUUCCCAGCCGAGUCAGCACUCGUGUUUGAUGUGGAGGUGUGCGUAUCAGAGGGACGGUGUCCCACACUGGCUGUUGCUGUGUCUCCCACAAACUGGUACUCCUGGUGCAGUAAGCGUCUGAUAGAGGAGCGGUACUCCUGGUCAAACCAACUCACCUUAGCGGACCUAAUCCCACUGGAGACAGCUGUCAACAUUGCCCGUCUCCCACAGGGUCACUGGAAGGAGAAGCUUAUAGUGGGCCAUAAUGUCAGUUUUGAUAGGUCUUUUAUUAAGGAGCAGUACUUACUUAAGGGUUCUAAGAUACGCUUCAUGGACACCAUGAGCCUUCACAUGGCCAUCUCUGGGCUGACGGGGUUCCAGCGCACACUGUGGAUGGCCAGUAGGCUCGGUAAAAAGAAGGGUCUUCAGGAGGUCAAGGAGCACAUUAAGAAAGCUGGACAGAAAAAGGAGGGGCCAAUGAUCGGCUCCUGGGACUGGGUGAAUAUUAGCAGCAUUAAUAACCUGGCUGAUGUCCAUGCUCUGUAUGUGGGAGGUCCACCACUGAAGAAAGAAGCCAGAGAGACCUUUGUGAAGGGCAGCAUGGUGGAUGUUAGAAACAACUUCCAGGAGUUAAUGCAGUAUUGCGCCAUGGACGUUGAGGCCACGCAUCAAGUCUUCACAGAGCAGCUACCCCUUUUCAUGGAGAGGUGUCCUCAUCCAGUGACGCUUGCAGGUAUGCUGGAAAUGGGCGUGAGCUACCUUCCAGUCAAUCAGAACUGGGGCCGUUAUCUGGAAGAUGCUGAGGACGUUUACAAAGAGCUCCAGCGAGAGAUGAAGAAGUCUCUGAUGGCCCUAGCUGACGAUGCCUGCCAGCUACUGCAGGAUGACAGAUACAAAGAAGACCCCUGGCUUUGGGAUCUUGAGUGGGAUGUGCAGGAGUUCAAACAGAAGAAAGUUCCAGCAAGCAAAAAGAAGAAAAAAGCAGCAGAAACACGAGUGGCUACUCCUCUUCCAGACUGGGAGGAAGACCCAGGUCCACCGUCUGAAGAGGAGACGGCAAGCCCUUGCCCCGACAGGCUUGCUGUGGAGAAGCUGAAGGAAACAGUGACUCGCCUCCCUAAGAGAAGGCAACAUCUGCCCGGACAUCCAGGGUGGUAUCGUAAAUUGUGUGAGAAGAUGUCUGGGGAGGCCAGCUGGUCACCUGGAGCCAGCCUCAUCAGUCUACAGAUGAGAGUGACUCCAAAGCUGAUGGGUCUGACGUGGGAUGGUUUCCCCCUGCAUUACACAGAGAAACAUGGGUGGGGCUACUUGGUACCUGGACGCAGGGAUAACCUUGUGUCUCAGGAUGAAAAUACGGGGCCUGUGUGCCCACACAGAGCUAUUGAGAGUAUCUACAAAGAGUAUUGUGAACAGAACAGCAAAGAGCAGCCUGUAUAUCUGGACAGCAACACAGAUGAGCUGUGGACAGACAGCACAGUGUGGGAAAAGGUGGAGGAGUUUGGUUCUGUUGAAAGUCUUACAGAGGAAAAUGGCAUUACAAUGAUGAAAAAUGGGAAGAAGAAGAAGAAGAAGGAAACGACGUCCAAAGAUCAACAUUACAUCCCAGAGGAGACUGAGUGCCAUUAUCACCAUGGAAAUGGUCCUUACAACGAUGUAGAUAUCCCAGGGUGCUGGUUUUUCAAAUUACCUCACAAGGAUGGUAAUCACAACAAUGUUGGCAGUCCUUUUUCAAAAGACUUCCUGGCUAAGAUGGAGGAUGGCACUCUUAGGGCAGGACGAGGCGGAACCAACGCCGCACGAGCUCUGGAGAUCAACAAAAUGAUAUCCUUCUGGAGGAACGCCCAUAAACGUAUAAGCUCUCAGAUGGUGUUGUGCCUGCGAAAGGUAGAGCUUCCUCAUACUGUCAGCAGACAUAAAGACUUUGAUGAAGAGAGCCAGUAUGGUGCCAUAUUACCUCAGGUCAUCACUGCCGGAACGGUCACGCGCCGGGCCGUUGAGCCAACAUGGCUGACUGCCAGUAAUGCACGGCGGGAUCGGGUAGGCAGUGAGCUGAAGGCCAUGGUGCAGGUACCACCUGGAUAUCAUCUGGUGGGAGCAGACGUAGACUCUCAAGAGUUGUGGAUCGCUGCUGUGCUCGGAGAGGCUCACUUUGCUGGCAUGCACGGUUCUACAGCGUUUGGCUGGAUGACCCUUCAGGGAGAUAAGAGUCAAGGUACCGACCUGCAUAGCCGCACAGCUGAGGCUGUGGGCAUCAGCCGAGAGCAUGCCAAGGUGUUCAACUACGGACGCAUUUACGGUGCAGGGCAACCUUUUGCUGAGAGGCUGCUAAUGCAGUUCAACCAUCGGCUGGAUCAGACAGAAGCUUCUAAAAAGGCCAAGCAGAUGUACGCCAUAACAAAGGGCAUACGCAGAUACCGUUUGACAGAGGAGGCAGAGUGGCUGGUCAGUGAACUGGAUAUAGAAGUGGAGCAGGAGGAAGAUGGAAGUGUCACCCUGCAGGAUUUGCGUAGGAUCACUAGAUUGAUCUCACAGAGCUCUCAGAGGCGGAAGAGAUGGGAUAUAGUUGACAAACGUCUGUGGUCUGGAGGCACAGAGUCGCACAUGUUCAAUAAGCUGGAGAGCAUUGCUCAUUCAGCCCAGCCAGCCACUCCUGUUCUAGGCUGCAGAAUUAGCAGAGCACUGGAGCCCAAGGCAGUUAAGGAUGAGUUUAUCACAAGCAGAGUAAACUGGGUUGUCCAGAGCUCUGCAGUGGACUACUUACAUCUGAUGCUGGUGGCCAUGAAGUGGCUCUGUGAACAGCACAACAUUGAUGGCCGUUUCUGCAUCAGCAUCCACGAUGAGGUCCGGUACCUUAUCCGCAGCGAAGACCGUUACCGAGCAGCGCUGGCGCUUCAGAUCACAAACCUGCUUACAAGGUGUAUGUUUGCUCACACGUUAGGCAUGCAGGACCUUCCCCAGUCAGUAGCUUUCUUCAGUUCGGUUGACAUUGACCAGUGUCUGAGGAAGGAGGUCAACAUGGACUGCGUGACUCCCUCCAACCCCACCGGUCUGGAACGAAAAUACGGCCUACCAGCUGGUGAAGCCUUGGACAUCUACCAAAUCAUCGACAUCACUAAAGGCUCUCUAAACAAAGGAAGAUAGCAUUGCUGUUAUCUCUUCAAACACAACUGCCAGGAAGUCGUUCAACAGCAAGUUUAAAUUCAAUUUGAACGCGUGUGUGUAUCGAAACAAAGUCUUCAGUCACUGCUUUCUCUUCUUCUGUUUGGGUUCUUGUGUCUCCUCUACGGCCUGUGACUCAGGAGUCUGUAAGGAAUGGAAGAAGAAACAGAUGCUGAGAUCUCACCCAGCAGAAAUCUACUGGAGUAAAUAAAAAAACAGCUCAAAGAGUGAGGG